GCUCAGCAGUGAGAGCCAAGCAAAUAUUUGUGGUUAUGGAUUAACCCGACUUCCAGGCUGACAUGGCGGCAUGAGGGCGAACUUGCAGUUUCUCCACAGCCCACCCCUACAGGUGUCAGCAGCUCCAGGAUGUGGCAUCUCACAAGCUUCCUGCUGUUCAUGACCACCUGGGGAAUUCCUGGCACACCAGCCCCUUCUGAUCUAGUGUUCUCCAGCAGUAAGCAAGCCCACCAGGUACUGCGUAUCAAACGAGCCAACAGCUUCCUGGAGGAACUGCGGCCAGGCAGCCUGGAGCGGGAGUGCAUGGAGGAGAUCUGUGACUUUGAGGAGGCCCAGGAGAUUUUUCAAAAUGUGGAUGACACUCUGGCCUUUUGGACCACAUACUUCGAUGGUGACCAGUGCAAAGCCCCGCCCUUGGACCACCAAUGCGACAGCCCUUGUUGUGGACAUGGCAAGUGCAUUGAUGGCCUGGGUAGCUUCAGCUGCAGCUGCGACGAGGGCUGGGAGGGCAAAUUCUGCCAGCAUGAGCGUGGCUUCCUCGACUGCCGGGUUGACAAUGGUGGCUGCUCACACUACUGCCUGGAGGAUGACGGAGGUCGGCGCUGCAGCUGUGCCCCAGGCUACAAGCUGGCGGAUGACCACAUGCAAUGCAAGUCCACAGUGAAUUUUCCAUGUGGGAGGUUGGGGAGGUGGAUAGAGAAGAAGCGCAAGAAUGUCAAACGGGACACAGACCCAGAGGAUGAACUAGAACUAGGUCCUAGGAUCAUCAACGGAACGCUGACCAAACAGGGAGACAGCCCCUGGCAGGCGAUCCUUCUGGACUCCAAGAAGAAGCUGGCCUGUGGAGGGGUGCUCAUCCACUCUUCCUGGGUGCUGACGGCGGCCCACUGCAUGGAGAACACUAAGAAGCUCACCGUGAGGCUCGGUGAAUAUGACCUGCGGCGUAGGGACAAGUGGGAGUUGGACCUGGACAUCAAGGAAGUCCUUGUUCACCCAAACUACAGUCGGAGCACCAGUGACAACGACAUUGCACUGCUGCGCCUGUCCAGGCCAGCUACCCUUUCCAAAACCAUUGUGCCCAUCUGCCUGCCAGACAAUGGCCUGGCGGAGAGGGAGCUCACCCAGGUUGGCCAGGAGACGGUGGUGACAGGCUGGGGCUAUCACAGCGACAGAAACAAAGAUGGCAAGAGGAACCGCACCUUCAUCCUCACCUUCAUCCGAAUUCCCGUGGCCCCACGCAACGAGUGCAUGCAGGUCAUGAGCAAUGUGGUCUCAGAGAACAUGCUGUGCGCAGGCAUCAUUGGCGACCCAAGGGAUGCCUGUGAUGGUGACAGUGGGGGGCCCAUGGUGGCCUUCUUCCGUGGCACUUGGUUCCUAGUGGGCCUAGUGAGUUGGGGUGAGGGCUGUGGGCACCUCAACAACUAUGGUGUCUACACUAAAGUCAACAACUACCUCGACUGGAUCCAGAGCUACAUCAGGGAUAAGGAUGCCUCCCUCAAGAGUCAGGAGCUUUAGCACCUCUCAUUGCUGUCUCUGGACCCCAGGGGCCACUCUUGGAGUGGGCCUGGGCUUUUGCGUGCCAAGAUAUUAAAGGGGCAUGCAACAAACACA